GCAAGUCCAAUUCAUCAACGUCGAAUGUUUCUGAGAGCGACGAGAACUUUUAAUUUCUGAAGAAAUUUAAAUAAUUUAAAUAACACACCUCCUCCUAUUAAUUAAGCAUUGAUUAUUAUUCUAGUCUGAAUUACUAAAAGAGUGACACUGCUACAUGAUGCAGGCUGAAAGUGAAUUAUCGACCCAAGAAAUGGACGACACUACUAAUGCGCUCAUGAUGAUUUCAUUGGACGAUACGACUCAAAAUGAGAUUGGUGACUUAAUAAUUGACGAAACUAAUGUCGCCACCAGUGCGUUAAUGAAUCCUUUGAUUUUGAAAUUGAUCUUCUCCUACAUGGACGCCCCCCACCCUGAAGUACUCCGUGCGUCCCGUUUACACCCUCUGGGCCGAUCUGGGCGCCCCCUUUCUCGGGAAACAGACCAAGUUGAUCUUCUCGGAAGUCAUGACAUGCGGGAUGCUGACCCCCAAAGGAUUCGGACUGGCCACAUUCCACCCCAAGUUGGCCCAAAAUGUGAAGAUUGUCUCGCCCUUGUGGCCCUGCGAAUUGCCGGAAUUUCUUCCGCAAAACUUUACCGCUGCUCGGCCCAAGAUUGCGCCCCACUUGGAGGAACUUGAGGUCAACAUCGACUCCUCAUUUUUACCCGAGCUGCACAAAAUGUGGAGAUCAAAAUCACACCGGUUCACCAACCUGAGGAAAAUUACCAUAACUGUUUCGCUCUCAUAUGACGAAAAUGCGGGCACGAUUCUGACCGCGUCGUAUCCGGCGAUGGAAAACGUGAAGACGAUCUCAAUAAAAAUGACCAACCAGUUCGAUAACAAGCAGGAUGAGAUGGCAGCCAGCAUUUGUCAGAAACUGCUCAAUGCCACCCCCAACUUGCAAGAGGUUGAGAUGGAGGCCAGUUUUUACCUGGAUUUUGCCCCUUCCAAGAAACUGACCAAGCUGACCUACACCUUUGUCCAGUUCUUUGAACAUGACUUUAUGGAGGAGCCCGUGUUAAUAGAAAUUGACAAAAUUUCCGAAAUGUUGGAGUGCUGCCGGGAAUCUUCUUUGACAGAGUUGACUCUUCGCCAUGUGGGUGAGGGCAUUAUUGACUACGAGGAGGAUGAGAACGAUAUGCAGCAGACUUUAUCCCUCCCAUCCUUCCCAAAGUUGACCCGAUUGUCAAUCUCCUCCAUGGACUUUUACCACUUGGGUGACUAUCUGUCCACGGCACACCUCCCAAAUCUCACCCAUGUCAGCCUCGCCAUCAAUUUCAAGCAAUUCGUCUCUCUUUCUGACAUUUUUGCUCAUAUUCGUCACCCUCACGUCGGAGUUACGUCGCUCCACCUGGACGCCGCGCAUGACGGAGAUGAAGAUCAUGUCGGCAUUGGGACCGAGAUCCUCCGUCUUUUCCCCGCCGUGAAAACGUUACAGUUAAAGCUGACCGUUUCAGCAUUUGUGCAGGUGGAAGGCGACGUCGCAAUCCGCAUCUUGAAACGAACCCUGCGAAACUUUGCGCCUUGGGAGCUGACCUCGGCGUUAGUGGAGAUGAAAUAUGUGCGCAGUUCGGACUUCGUGAUGGGCACGAUGCAGGGAUUAAAGCGGUGGAAAGGCUUGGCUCACACCGAGGUUCGACUUUGCGGUAUAGAUAGGCUACCUUUUGUCCUGGGGGAUGACGUUAAAGAGGUUCUUUUGGCCAGCAGAUCGGUGAAAUCGAUCAAAAUGUUGGGAUUAUUGAUGGAGGCUGAGAAGGAUGAAUUUCAAAGAUUUAUCGAAGAGAACGGUCUCCAGAUUAGUUUGUCGGAGUGAAUUCAUCGUUGUAUUAAUUACUUAAAUAUAUAAGUUUCCUUAAUUUUUGUUAAGCGACGAAUCAAAUUGGUUUUUAUUAGUAUUUGGUGAUCUCUUGACAUACAUAAAAGUUUAACCAUCUGUUGAUUUUUUUUUAUAACUUACUUUAAAUUAAUUUGUGUUUAUUACACUAUAAAUGUAUGUGAGCAACGCAACGGUAAAUAUUGGUUAGGGUCAGACCCUUACGUAUAAAUGUUAGACUCUUUUUUUGCAGAAAUUUUGUUUAUUUCGGUUAAGGUAGAACGAAAAUUGUGAAUUUCCAUACAUUCCAAGCCAAUCUUUUAUACAAUUUGUUAAUAAACUGUACCCUUAAAAAUAA